UUAUAGCAUUAACCUGUAAGCUUUUGCUUAUUGGUUAAUCGACUACACUAUUCCAUCCCUAGCUGGGACCAGGACCGGCGAUAUCCCCCAGCAGUGCUGGGCCAGGGCCAGAACCCCAUGCAGCCUGCAGAAGUGGAGCCAGAGCCUGCAGGCUGCUGGGGCAUCGGAGCCAGAGCCCCUGGCAGCCAUUGGCAGCAGAGCUUUGGCAGCACACAGCAGAGGGGUUAGGGGUAGCCUGCGGCAGGGUGGGGCCAGGCUUGGACCUGUGGCAGCAUGGAGCCGGAGCCCGCAGCAGCCCGGCAGGCAAUUUGUCCAAGAUCUGACAGCAGCAGGGCCAGCAACUCAGCAUGCAGCCCAGUUGAGGUAAUGAGGGGCCAAAGGCAGGAGAACCAGCUAGGGCACAGAGGGGAAACUACCCCUGGUCUGGCAAAUUCCCUCGUUCGGGACAGGUCAGGUCCCGAGGGCGCUGGAUCAGAAGGGUCCAACCUGUAGAAGAACAAGCAAGAUGUUAGUCUGAAAAAAAUAAGGGCAACUUAAAACAAGCAAAGAAGGGUGGUGGGGCAGAAUUAAGCAUUGGUUUAAAGUUGAAAUGCACACUGGCAGUGACCCAGAGAUAUGAAGUUGAGCUGUCACCGGCCCAUCCCAAACUCAUUCUGAAAGUAGUUUACUUAUGUAGUCUUUCCCUGUGGAACUCCUAUAGGCAAUCACAGCAGUUACAGAUGAGCAGGAAGUAGAUUAGAGUCUGUAUGUGAUGCAAUCCAGUUUACAUCUACCUGCCAAGGGGAAUUUUUUAAAUUAAGCUUUUUACUGGAUUCCUAUCCGUACAUCUUAUCCAAGUCAGGCUAAUAAAACAGUCUCUGGGAUUGCAUCUCCUGUGCAUAAUUCAUACUUGUCCUUUCAGUUAUUGCUGUCCUGAACAUGUAAAUAUUUUAUUUCUCUAGCAUUGCUUUCAUCAUGAGUUCUGAGUUAAAUGUCCCGGCGGAUCCUGCCACUCCUGCUUGCGGCUCUGAACCUGGCACAAAGGGCAUGGAUUAUCGGGACUGGGUCCGGCGCAGCUAUCUGGAAUUGGUCACUUCUAAUCAUCACUCAGUUCAGGCCCUUGCAUGGAGAAAACUGUAUCUGAGCCGAGCCAAGCUCAAAGCUUCCAGCAGAACAUCUGCUUUGCUUUCUGGAUUUGCCAUGGUUGCGAUGGUGGAGGUGCAAUUAGAGAUGCAGUAUCCAUACCCCCAAAUGCUGCUGAUUGCAUUCAGUGCUUGCACAACAGUGCUGGUAGCAGUUCAUCUCUUCGCCCUUCUCAUCAGCACCUGUAUACUUCCUAAUGUGGAAGCGGUGAGUAAUAUACACAACCUGAACUCCAUCAGCGAAUCCCCACAUGAACGCAUGCACGUCUACAUAGAGCUGGCCUGGGGUUUCUCCACAGUCUUAGGAAUCCUCCUUUUCCUCGCUGAAGUGGUGCUUCUGUGCUGGAUAAAAUUUCUGCCCGUGGACUCCAGUAUGAAAAAUGAGACUACCAAAACCCAAACGUCCAGCAGCCAUGCUGGCUGGCAAGCAGCUCUGGUCUCUACCAUCAUCAUGGUCCCAGUGGGUCUGAUUUUUGUUGUCUUCACUAUUCACUUCUACCGUUCUCUGGUGCGGCACAAAACAGAGCGACAUAACCGGGAGAUUGAAGAGCUUCACAAACUGAAAGUGCAGUUAGAUGGACAUGACAGAGGGUUGCAGGUAGUGUGAUCUGUUUCAAAGCAAAUAAUUUUGCUGAGGCAAAGAGCAAAAUAAACAUUUUGCUAACAGGAGCAACCCAAACCAAUGAUGGAUUUUUUGAGGGUCUAACAGUAUAAAAUGCUAAUUGCCUGAUUUAUAGGGUAGUGGGUUCUAGUGCUUUUCCAGACAAUGGGUCUCUGGCCUAUUUCUGGUCCUACACAAGUGUGUUCUUAAGUUGAUACUGCCAUACAGUUAAAAGCCCAAAACUUUACCUACUUUAACAUUGUGUUCUGGAUGGUUGUUUCCAAAUUGUGAUAUUUUAACAGUGCAACAUUCUUUUGCCAAGAAUCAAAUUACUUGAUGCUUUAAAAAAACCACUGAUUGUAGGACCUGUGUUUGGGUUAUUUUUAAGUGUCAGAGCUCCCUUGCUGACUAUGCAUCAGCAAACUGACAAUGACUGUUUCUAGGUUAAGGUGAUAAAUAGUGUUCUCUCUAAAUAAGAGGGUGUUCUGAAAGUAUUGCACAACAUGUGUGUUUGUCACCUUUGUUAUAAAAUGGGCGUUACAGAAUGAUGCAAAGGGUUUGAAACCUGCAUUCUUAAUACAUAUGUCCUCCUUUUGCUAUCCUCUUUUGCUAUUACCUACCUCUCCUUUACAAUAGGGGAGAGAGAAUUUCGGAUUGGCAGGAGGCUGGGUAUCUGUUUUGCCAGCUUCGGUAAUGUUCAUUCUUUUACAUCUUCUAAUGUUACUGAUAAUUAAAGUUUGUGUGUCCAGGGAAGUCUUAUUGGUAUUUUCAUUUUAACAACAAAGGCACUGUUAACGCAGGAAACUAACUUGGAAUUUUAAAAGACCUGGUAUAGAAUUUCGAAGGACUAGAAAAAGCAGAUUUAAAGGGUGACGAAAGAUAGCACAUAACAUACUGCUGAAAUCAGUCACUGUCUUUUUUUCAUUUGCUUCAUAUGUACCAGAAUGAUUUGUGUGUUUUGCUGGCCUGGUUUGCCACAGAGGGCUCGGAGUCCAGGUCCAUGAUUUUCCCUUGUUCUUUGUUUGAGUUGUGUUUGAGAGAGGUCAGCUUUCUUACCCCGUAAGGAAGAAAGCAUCUUGCAUUUUCUCAAACUUCAGCACAUGGUGUUGAAUUUGGAGUGAGCUGCAUCCAGUCUUUGCCAUUCAAAAGGGAACAGUCUGUGCACUUAAAGUACUCUCACGUUUCAUUUGUUGGCUUUAUUUCAUCAGGGGAAGAAGUGAUUCUUGUUUGUGCUUAAUGAGUGAAAUUUGUAAAGUAUUGCAGCAUCUUUCUGGGUGACAAUGUAAAUAAAGUCACAUCUAAUUACAAGUAAUUAAUGGGCAGGCAAAAUAUAGUUCUUUCUACUUAUUUCAGCUACAGAAAUAUGUCCAAAUAUGUAAACAAAAUUGUCCUAUCCUAUCGCAUCAUGCUCAGUACUGUGCAGAAUGCUGCCAAUGCUAAUUUCAGACUCUCUAUUCCUUGAUGUUCUGAGAUGAUUUUACAAUUUCUGCCAGUUCUUGAAUAUUUCUAAAAUAAUUGAAGAAGUUUGUAAGGCCCUAUUUAAUCCCCUCCCUCUAGCCAGUGGUAUUUAGUAAAUCUAACAUCAGUGUACUAAUCAUCGGAUUCCCAGCUUGGAGUGUGUGAGAAAUACUAUGUACAGCAAGAUGAGACUAUAGCUUUAAAUAUCUCUCUGACAAGUUUCAUGGGAAGCCAGUUCCAAUCCUUUUUUUUUUUUUCUUUUUAAGUUCAGUAAUUCCUGAGGAAACAUUUAGCACUUGUCAGUUUUUUCAACAGUUAUUUGUACUCUCAUUAACAGGGGCUAUGUUUACACAGGAAUACCUACUACUUUCCAAAUCUUCUUACUAUAUAUUUUAGAAGUGUUCGUCUGUCUGAGAGACUUUUUGUUCAAGAACUCCUCUUAAACAGAAACAGCUAGAACCACCAAAUUUGGUAGGCAGCUUCCUCUUAUCAUAACUGAAAGCAAGGUCAGGGUUUAGUUGUGGCAGGAUAAUGGGAUACGCGUGGAAUUGUUUCAUGUCAAAUGGAAAGAAGGGGUGUGAUGGCAGGGACAGUUAUACACAUGCAUGACCACAGCGGGCAGCAAGUACAAGGACAGGAAUCACCACAGGGGAAGUAGCUGCUGGCCACCCACUCUGGAAUGGCUACCUGCUCUGACUCCUGUACCCCCUACCCUCUGUCAUGAGGCCCUCCACACUCCCCAGCUGUGACUCCUGCCCCCACAACUCUGACCUCCUGCCAUGAGCCCCCCAUGUCCCCAAGGCCCUGUGCUGACUCUUGCAUCUCUCACGCUGCCAGCACCCCUGCCCUGAAGAGCCUGGGCAAUGCCGGGCAAGUCUUGUAGUAUACAAUAUAAGAAUCUGUUUUCUUGAAGGAGGUGGUUUUAAAAUUCCUGCUAGACCUCCUGAAUGUAAUUUCAGUGAUCUUCCAUGCCAAAUGCUAAUGCACUUCCUUAUAUGUAGCACCUCUAUCUUAAGGAUCCCAAAUGUUUUGAAUGUCACACAGUAAUUUCUUCAUCCAUUAUUGAGCUGGUACCACUAUUUGACAUUGCACAGGUACACUAUGCAAGUUUUGGGACCGAACUUUAAUACUGAUUGCAGUUGAAAUUGCUGGGAUGGUUCAGGCGAGUUGAGGAUAAUUAUCUGAUUGGGAGUCUGGCUAGGACAUUAGGGUUGAAUUCUGUCCCACUUUACCUCUUUUCUCAUCUCACCACAGUAAAAAUUAGCAUUGACGUGUCAAAACCAAAUCCAGAUCACAGUGAUGAAAAUUAGAGUUUCAAAUGCAGUGCCAUGACAUUUUUCAUAACCCUAAAGGAAAUAGCGUGCCUAAGUUUGUCUACUAAGGACUGUCACCUGCAGGACAGUCAGAUGAUUUGGCUCUCCAGCCAAAUCAGAUUGUCCUCUGCCAUGGCAAAUAAAGUCCAAACAACAAGUAUGAUUGUGCCCUUUUCCCUCUUUUUAGGCCACAACUAUGCCCUGUGUGGGAGGGAGGUUGCGGGGGAGGGGGCGGCUUUAAUCCGUCCCCUUGCAUCAGUAGUCCCUUUACUGCUUGGCUGAAGGAGUCUAUGACAUCCAGGCACACCACACCUCUCAUCAGCUUCUUGCUAUGGCUCCUUUCCAGCUCCUGCCCCAAGAGUAGUCGUUCCUCUUCUCUUCAUCUUCCUCUAAUGUGUCUUCAUCCUCGCCACUCUCACAUACAGACUUCCUGCUGUGUUGCUGAAAGAUUUUGCACGCAAUGUCAGUCACAGCUACAGAUAUCGAAGUUGAUACAGAAAAGCAUGUUCGGCAGUGUGGUGAAAUUCAGGGCACCUCUGAUUAUAUAGAAAGAUGCCUGUGUUCUCCUCUCUCUCUUUUAAUGCCACCAAACAUCCGGCUGUGUGAAAACAAUGAAUCUGAGAAUGUGGGCUUUUGUGAGGAAGCCUGGGAGAAGAAACAGGUUUUAUUCUUGGCUAUGAAUACAUUAAGGUUAGUGACUGUUCUGAUUUCUUCUGGAAGUUCUGACAGACCAGGCUGGGUCUGGGCACCACUGAGGGCGUCCGCUCAGGGGGACUUGCUCAAAACCUGGGCUACUUACAGCCCUAGACUGGAGACCUUUCCCAAAACAGGUCACAAACCAGUUGCACAGAGCGCUUUAUUUGCCAGUCCGGCCAGCAGGAAGCCUCACGAGCAAACCCCCUCAGACACGCCAGAUCUCCCUAUGCCUCAAUGAGCCCUGUCUCAUUGAACCCAUCUCACCUACCCUGAAUGGUCCCAAAGAACCAGCCACAGAUCCCUGUUCAAUUUAUACUUUAGAUCUUGCCCCCAAAAGCACACUGAGCCGAUCCUUUAGAAUCUAAAAUCUAAAGGUUUAUUAACAAAAGAAAGAAAAGGUUGAGAGUAAAUUUGUUAUGAAGAAUACAUUACAUAUAUCAAUCAGGAAGUUCUUGAUGCAGGCUCUUAGCAGAGAUGUUACAAAUUGCUAGCUUCGAAGUCUUUGGUGUACAUCGUAUGUCAGGAUGGGUCAGCAGUCCUUCCUAGCUCUCUAUUCCUAGGAAGGCUGCACCUGAGAUCAGUAGCAAGAUUGAAGACAAGAUGGAGCCCACCUCAUGGCAUUUUAUAUCCAUUCCUGGUGUCUCCCAAGUUGGAGCUGGUCACAUGAUGGCAUGUUUCACAUUCCGGCAGCCACGAGAUACUGACUAGUCUGCAGGUUUCCAGACGCAUUGCUCAGGUGUGUAUUGGGUCACCCUGAGUUCUUGUCCCCGGAGCCGUGCUAAUUAGCGUAGUCAUUCAUUGGACAUUUCUUCUUUACAACAGGCAGUCCAGGCCCAUUGCUCUGUCUCAGGCAGAGAACAUUCACAGUGCCCAUAUUCAUAACUCCACAUACAGACAUCAUACAAGUACACGAGCAGCAUAUAUAGAAUCAGUAGAACAUAAGCUUUCAUUUGACACCUCACAUGGCCCCCUUUGUAUAGACUUUGGGGCAAACCCCUCCCCCACCGUGGGCACAGCAGUGAUCUGUCUGCUCAUUAUAAAACCCAGUAACAUGACACAAGUGAAUUCUACAUUCUUAGUCCAGAUCCUGUCUUCCAUAGUUGCAAACUCUACAAACAGUUCUGAAGAAGUGGGCUGUGCCUACAAAAGCUCAUGAUACCAUGUUUUGUUAGUCUACUGUGCUACCAGACCAUUAGUUGUGUGUUAAGUUUAUAAACAGUGUGCCAUUGUUCCUAUGGAAACAUAGUGAUUGUGAGACCCUUGUCAUGGAGGUAGCUAAUGUGGUCUCGGGGUAGGAAUGAAAGAGUUGAACUGAGUUUCCUGUUAACAGUUAAACUCUGCUAAAGAGUCCAUGGGGCUGACUGCAGGGCUGGCCUCCAGCACCCCGUCUAUCCCUACAUCACCAGGUAUCAUGUUUAACCAUGUAACCGAUAUCAUUUUGAUUGGUUACACGGGUACUUUUUUUACAUUCCUACCUUAGGGGUUUGGGAUCAGUUCGGUGUAGGACUUUGAACAUCAGGACUCAGACUCUGAACUGGACUGUCUUCAUUGGGAAGCAGCACAGGAAGCAGUGUGGGGGGGGUAAAAACAGAAGAACAGCCAGACUGGGUCAGACCAGAGGUCCAUCUAGCCCAGUGUCCUGUCUGCCGACAGUGGCCAGCACCAGGUGUUCCCAAGGAAAUAAACAGAACAGGGGAUCAAGUGAUCCUCCUGUUGCCCAUUCGCAGCUUCUAGCAAACAGAGGACAUGAAUAUCAUUCCUGCCCUCCUGGUUAAUAGCCAUGGAUGCUUCUUGUUAACUUCUGUGUGUGUGUGUGUGUGUGUGUGUGUGUGUGUGUGUG